AGCUCGGUGCACGGCGCGCUGAUUGGCUGAAUCCGCCACGCGGAGCGGCUGGGCGGUGCAUGGGGCGCGCGGACUGAGGUGACGGGCGGCUUUUCUUAGUUUUAGUGAGGACGGGCGCAUGUGGGCGCUUUGCUCGCUGUUGCGGUCCGCGGCUGGACGCACCAUGUCGCAGGGACGCACCGUAUCGCAGGGAUCCGCCCGCCGCCCGCGGCCGCCCAAGGACUCGCUGCGGCACCUGCGCACGCGAGAGAAGCGCGGCCCGGCGGGGUCCUCGGGCGGCGCGAACACCGUGUACCUGCAGGUGGUGGCAGUGGGCAGCCGGGACGCGGGCGCCGCGCUCUACGUCUUCUCCGAGUUUAACCGAUAUCUCUUCAACUGUGGAGAAGGCGUUCAGAGAGUCAUGCAGGAGCACAAGUUGAAAGUUGCUCGCCUGGACAACAUACUCCUGACUCGAAUGCACUGGUCUAAUGUUGGCGGCUUAAGUGGAAUGAUUCUUACUUUAAAGGAAACCGGGCUUCCAAAGUGUGUACUUUCUGGACCUCCGCAACUGGAAAAAUACCUCGAAGCAAUCAAAAUAUUUUCUGGUCCAUUGAAAGGAAUAGAACUGGCUGUGCGGCCCUACUCUGCCCCCGAAUACAAGGAUGAAACCAUGACAGUUUACCAGAUCCCCAUAUACAGUGAGCAGAGGAGUGGAAAGCACCAACCAAGGCAGAGUCCAGAAAGGCCUCUCGGCAGGCUCAGCCCAGAACGAUCUUCAGACUCCGAGUCAAAUGAGAAUGAGCCGCACCUUCCCCAUGGUGUUAGCCAGAGAAGAGGGGUAAGGGACCCUUUCCUGGUCGUAGCUUUCAUCUGUAAGCUUCACUUAAAGAGAGGAAACUUCCUGGUGCUCAAAGCAAAGGAGCUGGGCCUCCCCGUUGGGACAGCUGCCAUCGCUCCCAUCAUUGCUGCUGUCAAGGAGGGGAAAAGCAUCACUCAUGAAGGAAGAGAGAUUUUGCCUGAAGAGCUGUGUACUCCUCCAGAUCCUGGUGCUGCUUUUGUGGUGGUAGAAUGUCCGGAUGAAGGCUUCAUUCAACCCAUCUGUGAGAAUGCCACCUUUCAGAGGUACCAAGGAAACGCAGAUGCCCCCGUGGCCUUGGUGGUUCACAUGGCCCCAGAAUCUGUGCUUGUGGACAGCAGGUACCAGCAGUGGAUGGAGAGGUUUGGGCCUGACACCCAGCACUUGGUCCUGAAUGAGAACUGUGCCUCAGUUCACAACCUUCGCAGCUACAAGAUUCAAACCCAGCUCAACCUCAUCCACCCAGACAUCUUCCCCCUGCUCACCAGUUUCCCCUGUAAGGAGGAGGGCCCCACCCUCAGCGUGCCCAUGGUUCGGGGUGAAUGCCUCCUCAAGUACCAGCUCCGUCCCAGGAGGGAGUGGCAGAGGGAUGCCAUUAUUACUUGCAAUCCUGAGGAAUUCAUAGACGAGGCGCUGCAGCUUCCCAACUUCCAGCAGAGCGUGCAGGAGUACAGGAGGAGUGCACAGGAUGGCCCAGCCCCAGGAGGGCUGCAUGCUGGCUCGCUUUUGACCCAAAGGGACGGAUUGUUUCACAUGGAUUUUUUCACAGAGAAAAGAAGUCAGUACCCAGAAAUCGUCUUCCUUGGAACAGGGUCUGCCGUCCCGAUGAAGAUUCGAAAUGUCAGUGCCACACUUGUCAACAUAAGCCCCGACACGUCUCUGCUACUGGACUGUGGUGAGGGCACGUUUGGGCAGCUGUACCGUCAUUACGGAGACCAGGUGGACCGGGUCCUGGGCAGCCUGGCUGCCGUGUUUGUGUCCCACCUGCAUGCAGAUCACCAUACGGGUUUGCUAAAUAUCUUGCUGCAGAGAGAACGAGCCUUGGCGUCUUUGGGAAAGCCACUUCACCCUUUGCUGGUGGUUGCCCCCACCCAGCUCAAAGCCUGGCUCCAGCAGUACCACAACCAGUGCCAGGAGGUCCUGCACCACAUCAGUAUGAUUCCUGCCAAAUGCCUUCAGGAAGGGGCUGAGAUCUCCAGUCCUGCAGUGGCAAGCUUGAUCAGUUCGCUGUUGGGAACAUGUGAUUUGGAAGAGUUUCAGACCUGUCUGGUGCGGCACUGCAAGCAUGCGUUUGGCUGUGCGCUGGUGCACACCUCUGGCUGGAAAGUGGUCUAUUCCGGGGACACCAUGCCCUGUGAGGCUCUGGUCCGGAUGGGGAAGGAUGCCACCCUCCUGAUACAUGAAGCCACCCUGGAAGAUGGUUUGGAAGAGGAAGCAGUGGAAAAGACACACAGCACAACAUCCCAAGCCAUCAGUGUGGGGAUGCGGAUGAACGCGGGGUUCAUCAUGCUGAACCACUUCAGCCAGCGCUACGCCAAGGUCCCCCUCUUUAGCCCCGACUUCAACGAGAAAGUGGGAAUUGCCUUUGACCACAUGAAGGUCUGCUUUGGAGACUUUCCAACAGUGCCCAAGCUGAUUGCCCCACUGAAAGCCCUGUUUGCUGGCGACAUUGAGGAGAUGGAGGAGCGCAGGGAGAAGCGGGAGCUGCGGCAGGUGCGGGCAGCCCUCCUGUCCAGGGCUCUGGCAGGCGACCUGGAGGAUGGGGAGCCCCAGCAGAAACGGGCCCACACAGAGGAGCCCCAGAGCAAGAAGGUCAGAGCCCAGUGAACAUGUGGGAGUGACGCUGAACUCUGAAGGCUGUGUGUCUCCUGCCCCACGCACACACCCGUAUCUGCCCUCCUUACUGGUAGAAGCUGAAGAGCACAGUCCACCCAGGAGGCAGCUCAGGAUAGGUGGUAUGGAGUUGUGCCGAGGCUUGGACUCCCAGAUAAGCACUAGUCUAUAGACGCCUCUUAGGACUGGUGCCUGGCACAGCCGCGGAACAGGAGGCUGCUACACGGAAGCAAGCAAAUGAACUGAUUUCAUUUCAAGACAGUAUUUAAAGAAGUCAUGGAAACAGAUGGCAGCACCUUUCCUCUCAUCCAGCAAAGUGAUUCCCUGCACGCCAGAGACGAGCAGAGUCGCAGGAACACUGGGUCUAAGUGUCCGAGACUCAACGAAAAUAGUAUUUCAGCUGCAAUAAAGAUUGAGUUUG